CAAUCUCCGCACAGCAACAUCAUUCAGAUCUGCUCCUCUCAGGCCACAGGGGGAGCACAUUACAUCGGGACGGCGAAACAAGUCAAAGAGGUUAACUUGGAUACCCACGCGGCGGUGUUUUAAUUAUAAAAAAGUCGCCGUACCGUACACUGAAGCGAUUGAUAUACACGCGAGAAGAUUUGUCCUUGAUAUGGGACAUGUUUUGAAAAGUACAAACACGCUGAGUUGAAGGAUAUAACUCCAGUAUGCGGCACUUUUGAAACAAAGGGGUCUGGAGCGUUGUUGUCUAAUAGGAUUUGGGCCCUUUCUGGAUGGGAAAGAUGGAACCAGAGGGGCAGUGGUGGAAAAGCCAGCUCGCAGCGGACAUCCAUCAGGCUCUGCGGAUUAAGGAGCUGAAAUUGCCGGCAUACCAGGCCCACUCUCCGCAGAUCGGGAUGCGUCGGUACUUUGCAGACCUGUUGGCCGUUCUCAGUAACCGCUAUCAGCUGUGUCCCACUGCACGUCACUUGGCUGUCUACCUGCUCGACCUCUUUAUGGACCACUAUGAUGUAGCGGUGCGGCAACUCUACGUCAUCGCCCUCUCCUGCCUCCUCCUGGCCAGUAAGUUUGAGGAAAAGGAGGACCGUGUGCCCAAACUGGAGCAACUGAACACACUUGGCUUCAUGUGCAGUCUGAACCUCACCCUCAACAAGCGUGACCUCAUCAAGAUGGAGCUGCUGCUGUUGGAGACGUUUGGCUGGAACCUGUGCAUGCCAACACCCGCUCACUUCAUCGACUACUACCUCCACGCCGCUGUCCAAGAGGGAGACCUGCACAACGGCUGGCCCCUCUCUUCCUUGUCCAAAACCAAAGCCUUCAUGGACAAGUACACACACUACUUCUUAGAGGUCUCAUUACAAGAUCAUGCCUUCCUAAGCUUCAGACCCUCUCAGGUGGCGGCUGCCUGCAUAGCUGCAUCCAGAAUCUGUCUGCAGAUCUCACCAAGCUGGACCACAGUUCUCCACCUGCUCACCGGCUACUCUUGGGAUCAUCUGACGCAGUGUAUCCAGCUCAUGUUACUUGCCCAUGACAACGAUGUUAAAGAGGCCAACAAAUCCAAAUCAUCCCCCUCCUCUGGCCAAAGCCUCCUGCCCCAAGCUCACAUCCCGCCCAGUCCUGCCACCCCCUCUCUGCAGAGGCAGCCCAUCGCCAGCUCCCAGCAGCUGCUCCUCCAAGCCAGCAGCUACCCGCAGCACUCGCCGGCAUUAUCCCAGCUGCACAUGCUGGCAGACUGCCAGGCACUGGGUCCCGUGGGCUCUCGGGAUUACCUGCAGCCUCACCAGGCCAGCCUGCUCUCUGCAGCCAUGCCGGCAAGCUCCUUCGCUUCUUUCCCCACCUUGGCAUCUGGGUUGCGUGGUUUGCCCCUUCAGGGUCCUAUCUCUAUGCAGGUUAGCAUGGGGCCCGAACGCCACUGCCUCGGUCUGACUUACGGGAACGGAUAUUUGAGCUCCCACCACGCCUUCACAGCGGGCUGCUUCGACAGGUGACGCCAGGAGAGGGAGGACAAACUCAACCUGGGGCUGCCGCCGUCCUCCGCCCUCUCGCCCUCAUCUAGCCCCGAGGGGCUUCGUCUUAGCCGUAGACGAAGACUUCCCAAACAGAAGACAAAGAGUCGAGUGGAUCCCACAGAGGUUAUAGUAUUAACUUAAAAACUGAACUUUUUUUAAAGCGUUUGUGUGCGCUUUCUUUUUUAUAAACUGAGGAUGUCUAUUUUUCGAGAUUUUGUUAAGAAGGGACCUUCCUGCCAGUGCCACAUCGGCCAAGCUGAUCGACUGAGAACACUUUUUUUUAAUGUACAGCCUUAAGAAAUGAAAUUCAACCACACCAGCAUUUUUCGAGAACUUUCACACUGGAUUUACUGUACGGACCUUCGAUGCUGCUGCCUUUUGUAUGAACUGUAUGGCUUUAUGACCAAGAAUCUCGUGUUCCUUUCUGUUUACAGUGACGAACCUCAUAUCAGGGAUGUACAGGAAUCUUACACGCCAUUGAAACAGUUUAUGUUUGUAUGAAGUAGCUUCUUUGUUCUCCUUGCUGAAUUGGUUGACGGGUUGAAACCAGGUUUCAGGUUUUUUUCCUCUGGCAGAUGGAGGGAAGCCUCUCAGGGGAUGGAGGCAUAUGUCCUACCCUCUCUCGUGAGCCGGAGGAAACCAUGCUUUACUAGUUCCUCCCCCUAGGGAAAAUAGCCAUGAUCACCCUGUGGUUCUGCCGCACCCGAUUCAGACACUGUGGCUUAGAAAGAUUACCUCACGUUACUGCUCUUACACUGUCUUUACCUCUGAGGUCAUGCUAGCAACCGGUCAACAGAGUAAAUUUAAGAUCAUUUUGCGGGUUAGUUAUUCAGGCUUUGUUCUACUGUUAUAAUAUGCUUUAAUUCAUUGUGGGGGACGGAAGGAUGAUUGACUUUGUGUUAACACUAUUUUGUUUGCUUAUACACAUUACAUGAACAUCAAUUCAGUCUUAUUUCAACUUGAGGAUAUUUUUAAUUCUUGCUCCAAAAAUAUUUUAUUGUACACUAAAGAAAAGAUUAACCAAACAUGCUUUUUAUAUUCAUGAGUUUUGUCCAGAAAGUAUAGGUUACACAAUGAAUUCCUUAUUUUUUGUUUGCUGGCCUUAAGACCAAAGUGUCUGCUUUACGUCCUGCUGAAUGAGAAGCUUUUCAACCACUUUACUGGACUUUGGAUCAAAAUCUUUCUCUUGUAGUCCUGAACUUUGAACUACCUCAAUAUAUUGCCAUUUAUGUGCUGAUUCUGCAGGGCUCGACGUUAUUUUGCUUUAUACAUUUUUACUGGAUUGGUCAUAUAACAUUCACAGCUAUGUAUUUUCUCCAAAGUUUAGUUUAAUUUCUCUUCUUUUUCAUGUUUUGUAUAGGUAGAGAACUGUGUUCACUGUAACAGACACGCACUGUUUUAUAUUUCUGUUCAUUCUUUUGUGAAGCCUCUGUGUGUGCAAUACGUAAUCAUUAGGUUGUUACUUUUAGGCCAUGUUUACAUUAGAGCAUUUGCGUUUUAAAACGGCAUUUUAAAAUGAAAACGAUCCUCGUUUAUACUGGCAUUUUAAAAAGAAUCUUCAUCCACACUAUACACCACCAUAAAUGCAUGAAACAUGACCAAUCAUGUAACUGGGCAUGUGCAUAAAAGUGUAAAAUAACUUAUUACUCUAAUAAUAGCUUACCUUUGCACGUUUAUGCAGCCUAGGGGUGUGCGAUAUUGACAAAAAGUCAUACAUGGGUCCUUUGCUGGCAACUAUAACAGACACUAUUUUAACCUAUAAAAAUGUGUUUGGGAAAGUCUUAUACUGUUAUAUUUCACCCCCUACAACAUAUUAAUAUGAUUAACAGGUUAAUUUUGAUUUUAUAACUAAACAGAAAGGUCUUUAUGAUUUAAAAAGAAAGCAUUCAAGUGAACAGUACUAAACAGUAGCGAACUUGAAGCAAAAAUAAAUUUCAGCAAAUGCAAACUUCAAUCAAGCAUAGUAAAGGGUUAAGUAUAGCUUUAGCCUACCAGAAAUGCUUAUUGCAUUAAAAGUGUGCGAGGUCCGUGCACUUCCUCCGCUAGCAACACACAAAUAGCUAAAAGCGCAAGCGCCUAAAUGAGCAUUAUAUUAAUGACGUUGAGUUUAUUGUUUUUAUUAAUUUAUAUUCACAAAACGUAUCAACAAAACAUCGAUUAAAAUUAAGUGACAAAUUAUCUGAAACGAAAUUCAUUUUAAAGUAGCAAACAAAACUUACAUUAAACUGGAAAAUAAUGUCUGACCCAUUACAAUUCUCCCUUCAUAUUGGCCUUUGCAACGCCUAUAUGGCGUUUAAAAUUACAGUCUAUCUUUCGUAAGCUAACUAAAUUUAAACAAAACAUAAACACAUUAAACCCAACAAUACUCAAACAUUCAUAUAAAACAGACAUUAUCUAUAAGGAUACAUGUUAAAACAAUCCGAUAUAGCGUUUAUAAUAGCUGGUUGGUAGAUGUUUACUAUUUUUGGCAAAACCUCCGUUGCAAACCAACAUUUACAUGAAUAAAAUAAUUUUUACUUUGAAAAUGAUGCGCUAUCAUGUUAACGUCAGCUGUUCGUUUACAUAAGACUCCGUCUAGGUUCAUUUACACUCAGAGCAACGUCUGAGUUCUCAAACUAAAACAGGGUCUUCAGCGUUUGCGAACGAAUCCGUUUAUGAGGGUCGAAAACGGUGAUGUAGUGUAGAUGAAAGGCGUAAACGUAGCAAAAGUAACGCGUUUUAAAGCAUAAACGCAUUAAUGUAAACAUAGCCUUAGACUGCUUUUUUUUACUACCACUACUUUUUUAUGAUGUAGAAUUAGUUGUUUUUAUUUGUUUUGAUACAUUAUUACUGCCGACAAGCAGUGAUUUAUUUUUCCAUCAAGAAAAUGUUGCACAUUGCAACCAAUGUCUCCUGAGUCAGACAUUUAUAGUAAGGUGGAGAUCAGUAAUACUGCUCAUUCAAUGAUCUAAUGGGUUUAUUUAAAACCCUGUAUUUGGGUCAGGGGAUAACCGGUGUAAUUUGGAUGAAAACCCCAGAAAUAAAAUGAA